CAAUAUUAAUUUUCAUUCAAUCUAAUCAAUUUAUUUCAUUCAUGUCGGACACGACUCUAAAACAGCUGAGUUGAAAUUUAAUUUUGAAACAUAAUUUGUGUAAUUUUAUUUGAUAACAAAAACAAAGUAUUGAUAUUAUACAUUAUUUGCGUUUAGUAUUUUGUGGUCGUGCCUAUAACAUAACAACGUCUGUGUUUUUAUUAUUGUGGAUACGCAGUUUGUCAUGUCAAGUGAAAAGUCUCCAGCACAAGAAACAAAUAUGGGAACGGGCACCUCGCAAUCACAAGCUUUGCAAACUGCUGAUGAUGAGAAUUUGAAGUCUUGCUGGGUAUGCUUUGCUACAGAGGCCGACGAUAAGCUGGCAGCGUGGGUGCAACCUUGCAAAUGUAUUGGAACCACAAAAUGGGUACAUCAGAGCUGCCUCCAGCGGUGGGUGGAUGAAAAGCAAAGAGGCAACAUUGCCAGAAAGGUCCUGUGUCCACAGUGCAAAGCAGAAUAUAUAGUGGUGUUCCCGUCUAUGGGCGCAUUCGUUGCAUUACUAGACGCCGUCGAAGAAAUCACCCACAAAAUCUGCCCAUUCAUCGCCGGUGGAGUGUUACUGGGAUCUAUAUACUGGAUUGCUAUAACGUACGGAGCUGUUACUGUGAUGCAGGUGGUGGGUCACCGCGAGGGCCUGGAGAUGAUGGAGUCAGCCGACCCCCUGGUGCUGCUGGUCCUCCUCCCCACCAUACCUGUGACCCUCAUCAGCGCCAAGAUGUACAACUGGGAGGACUCCGUUCUUCUGUUCUUGAGGAAGUACUGUGCUAAGAUACCAGCGUUGGCGUAUAUACUACCUUUUGGCGGAGUGGAAGGCGACCGUGGCGCCAUCGUGACAGGCCAGAACAACAACCAGAACCAGAACGGCAACUCGCACCUGUCACCAACACGAAUAUUCUGCUCAGCGCUGCUGCUCCCCACUAUAUCCACAAUAAUUGGCAAAAUCUUCUUCAGGUCCAUACAAAACAACUUACACAGGACCAUCCUGGGUGGCCUAACGUAUAUAACCAUAAAAGGCGCCCUCAAAAUAUACCAUAAACAAAUGCUAUACAUCCGACAUUCCAGUAGGAAGAUUCUAGACUAUACAGAGUCUAACCUAAAAUUGUAUAGAACGGUUACUUCGAUGAAUACUUCGGACGCUAUGUCUAGUACUAGGGACGACACUGAGCAGACAGUGUAAGCUAUAGUUAUUUAUGUAAAUAAAGGAAUGAGUAACACUGAGGGAGGAUUUACGCUCAGACACAGACGAUAUGACAAUGUGAUUGUAAAAAACAUUGACUUCUAUUUAAUAGACUCAAUCCCGUUGAAGUAUCCGAAACAAACAAAUCGGUCCCGCGGUUCGAAAAUGGAUCUUUUUGUUCUUUUAAGCACACAAUGCUUAAAUAUAAAGCUGCUGAGCUAAAAUUCAUAAUGAGCAAAAGUUUUAUAUUUGAGGAUUUUGUGUUUUAUUGCAAUACAUUAAGAUCAAUUUUUUAAUUGUAUGUUACUUUAAAAUGACGUAUAAAAGUGAGUGUAUUUUUGCCUUCAUCUGUGUAUCUAUAGUUGAACGAAGGUAACAAAAAAUAUUUGCUGAGCGUUGAAAACGCCAGAAAAAUUUUGAAUAAGAUAUGGAAUAUAAUUCACCUUCCUAUAGGUAGCUAUUUGUCUACUUAGCAGUAAAAGAGAUCCAUUGAGAGGCUUCCAUUAGCAUUUUUUAAUGUUCCGUACCUAAAAGGACAAAAUGAGUUAUUAUUAAACCCCCGCUGUCUGUCUGUCCGUCACCAGGUGUAUCUCAUGACCGAUAGAAAACUCCUUUUUUUAUAAAUUACUUAUGUAUUUCUUUUGCCGCUAUAAAAACAAAUACAUACUAAAUACGUUAAGGGGUUUCCAAUACAACAAACGUGUUUUUUUUUCGUAUUUUUUGCUCAAUAUUAAGAAUGGUUACAGGUAGACGCGUGUUAUUUAACUAAAGAAAUUGCAUGGCAUUUCUUCAUAUUUUUAAGCAAUUUUUGGUCGAUCAGCAUCCUUCGUGCGCGACUCAUGACUCACACUUGGCCGUUUUUCAAAAAGGCGCGAGAGCAUACUUUAUUGUAGUUACAUGUUAUGUCUAUUCCAUAGCAAUUUUAAUACGAUACGAUAUUAAUGUUUAUAUAUAUAAUUAUAUUAUAUUAAAAUUAUAUUUAAUUGACUGAUCAUAAAUCUUAUUAUAUAGUAAUGUGCAAUCUUAGUAGGAAUAAUUGACAAAACAAAAACCAAAGUAAUUUGUUUUAAAAUACUGUCUCAGCGUAAAUUAGCCUUCUGGUAAUAUAAUGUAUCAAAGCUCUGAAAGAGGCCGAUAUAAAAAAUUAUUGUCAUCAUAAAAUUUUUAGCUUGGCGAAAAUUGCUGUGAUGUAGAUUUAUGAUAGAAGUCGCCUUGAUUCGCGUUUUUCAAAAUAAAUAGCGUUUUGAGAAUUACAACAUGUACAUAUUUUGUAUAUAAAAUGUAGGGUAGGUUACCUUCUUUCAUUCAAUGUAAAUUCACCUAAUUUUUAUGGCUUUUAUUUUUACUUUCAUUUGCUCAUAAGAUCAUGACAACGAUUAGUUUGUUAGCUUUUUUUAUGUAUAAUAUCCAUUUAGUUGUUACAUAAAUCAAUUUAUUAUUAUCACAUUUCGUUUAAAGAGUGCCUAAACUAGUGGCAAUACAAAAAAUGUUUUAUAAUAUAUUAAAUAUCUUAAUAGUUAGUAGAUACCUAUUUCCUACCUAUUGAUAUUAUAAAUAAUGAAGUUUAACGAGAUAAUGCAAUUAUAUCGGUCGUGUUUUUUAUUAAUAAAGCACAUUAAAUUCAUUUGUUAUUCUUGAGAAUUAACAUAUCUUUAUGAAAGAAGAUUCAUUUGUGGACGUUUAUGAAUGCCCUCCAAAUUAUGCGGCCUGCUCUUAAAUAUAACAUAAUAUAAUAGACUGGAGACUCCUGCUCUGUUUCGUUUUUGGUGCAAAGAACGGCCAUAGCUAUCCAGCGUGGUAAUGCAGCAAGUGUUCUGGGCACCUUUGUACUGAAAACUAAAGGGUGGGUUGUAAUGUACCUUUAUAUUUUUGACGCCGUUGUAAUUUGACCUUUUGAAUAAUAUUAAUAAAUAUAAUUAUAAUUAAUAAAUAAAUAUAAUGCAUUGAAUAAACAAAGCUAUGUCUACUUACAUUAUAUAAUAUAUUCUAAAUUUUUAUGUGUAUACAUUGUCAACUUACAUAUUGUAAAUAUGUAUCGGAUGAUUGGCCUUCUAUUACCAAAUAAACUAGGUACGUUAUAAAUUUUGUUUAGCGUGCUCAAAAUGUUGACAUUCUAUGUUACUGCUAUUAUAUCACUAUUUUGUAUCAUUUUAUAUUAUAUUAUUACUUUUUGCACUUAGUUACCUGUCCGCAAACUUUCAAAGCUCUCCUAACUUUAAAGACACUGUCAUGAAUUUACAAACUCUUUCAUUUCUCUACUCUGUUCUUUUCUCAUCACAUUAAUUUAAUAUACUAUCAAUAAGUUUUUCCAAUUUAUAUAUAUUAUUUAAUUUAUAUAUAUAUAUAUUAUUUAAAUAUUCACAAGUACUCUUACGUAUAUUUGUUUGUUGGCAUAAUUAAUCAAGGCGGUUACAGAAUAUAGAAAUGAGUACUUCCUACAAAAAGAAACGUGUAUUUUUGUUUUCGGUUAAAAUUAAUAAAUGUUAUUAAAAAUGCAAUACAAGUACUUAGGCUAUUUUUUUGUUGUGAAAAAUGUUUAAUACAUUGGCGUGUUUUAUGAUUUGAUCAUUCUUGUGGAAUGUUAUUGGUGCUUAUUACCAAGUUUGAUACUGAGUUUGUUCAUUUUGUACAUAAUUUGAAAUUAUUUUAAUAAACGUUUUUAAAAUUA